UCGUCGAGAGCACACGUCUAUAUCCGCCGUCUUCCGACCGAAACGAGCGCGUCGAUCGCUAUUGAGUUAAAGUCCCCAGACCACGAGUGCGUGUGUGAUUUUCAAUUUAUAAAAAUACAUAUUAAAGCGUUUCCAAUGCUUCGCUUAGUGUGACAAAUAUUUAAAAAAAAAAUACAAAACAGUUGAUAGGCAAAAAGAACUUCCCAGAGGAUUACAAACGCACCGCUUUCUGAACCCAAAAAGCCGCCAACAUAGCCGAACUAACCGCCGUAUUUAUGACUAAGAUGAUUCCGCCGGUUCCCACCGCCGCCGCAGCCGUCAUGAUGCCCACGCCCAAGCAGAAGAUCGGAUUCAGCAUCGAGUCCAUUGUGGGCAACGAUGUCAGAACUGCCGCCGGCAAUUCGACACCGGAGCUAUCGUCCGGCCCCCAGAGUCCGCCGUCCGGCGAGCGGAAUGUGCCCGGUUCGCCGCCACAAACGCCGCCCGCAACUUUGACUUUGAUACCCGGCUCGCCUCCGCACCACCUGAUGGCUCCUCCUGCCCACGGAUUGCCCUAUCCGCAUCCACAGCAGCAGCAGCACCAGCAUAUGCCACCUCAGCCACAUCCGCAUCCGCAUCUAUCGCCCGCCCAGCAGCACGUUCUGCACCAGCACCUACUCAUGCAACAACAACAACAACAACAGCAACACCAGCAGCAUCAGCAUCCUGGCACCCCCAAGAACCACCAGGACAUCCAGGAGCUGCUGCAGCGACUGCAUCACAACGCCGCCAUGGCCAGCGGAUUGAGUCCGCUGCAGACACGCCUCUCCCCCGAAGCGGAGCAGCCUCAAAAGCCGAUCUCCAUCAAGCGCGAACGCUCACCUGCACCACCUGCUCUGGAGCAGGCGGAGAAUCCCGCCCAGCGCAUCCAGCCACCGCACACUCCUCCGAAGUCCGUGAGCCCUCAAUCUUCGCAGCCGUCUUCGUCACCCACUCUGCUCAUCAGCAGCCCGCAUGCCACGCCCCCGCAGCAGCAUCAGCAGCAGCCGCCCAACUAUCCAAAGCCUGCCAUGAUGCAUCCCGGAGGAGCGGGUCCCGGCAUGAUGAUGCCGGGCAUGCCACCGGCCGGCCUUGUUCGACCCUUUCCCAUGGGACCCGGCGGACCGCCAAUGGCGCCGGGACAACCGGGCAUGCCGGACAUCAAGGCCCUGCCGCCGUACAUCAACGCUCCGCCGGAGAUGCAGCCGCAGCACAAUCCGCAUCUCAUUGCCGCCGCCCAGUUCCAAAUGGCCGCCGCCCUGCAGGCCGGUCAUGUGUUAGGUCCUGCGGCUGCGGCCGCUGCUGCCGCCGGCCUGCCGCCCCACGCCGCCCAGUUUAUGCCCAAUCCGGGCAUGGCCAGGGAUAGCUAUCAGCUGUACCCCUGGCUGCUCAGUCGCCACGGAAGGAUCUUUCCACACCGAUUCCCUGGAAGUUUUCUGGUGCCCCCGUUCCGCAAACCCAAGCGCAUUCGCACCGCCUUCUCCCCCUCGCAGCUGCUGAAGCUGGAGCACGCCUUCGAGAGCAACCAGUACGUGGUGGGGGCGGAACGCAAGGCCCUGGCCCAGACCCUCAAUCUCUCCGAGACGCAGGUGAAGGUGUGGUUCCAGAACCGCCGCACCAAGCACAAGCGGAUGCAGCAGGAGGACGAAAAGGGCGAUGGCCAGGGAUCGCAGAGGAAUAUGCACAACGGCAGUGGCGAUGAGGACGACGACGAGCUGAUCGACAUGGAGAUGGACGAGUGUCCCAGCGAUGAGGAGCACGAGCUGGACGCCAGCCAUUGAAUACAAAAUCCAGGAGAUAAUCCUGCGGCGGUCCGUGAGUUCCUUACCCUGGCGAUGGGGUCCAGUUCCAGUUUCGAGGGUUCCCAGUCGAACCAUCGCGAAAGUAACAUAGUUUGUUUUGUUGUGAUAUAUUCUUAGAGCGUUCUUAAGGCAUUUAGGCUAGCUGUACAUAACAUAGGAAAGUAUUAGACACCCAUUUCCAUAUCCAUCUCCCUCUCUUAAGAUCCGUGCCAAAUCCUUGCGAAGAAACGAGGUUGAGUAGAGCUCAAAGAAAGCUAGUUGUUUCCUCUAUUUUUCCAAAAUAUCUGAAAACAAAAACACUUAAAAAAGAACCUUAGGCUAGAAACCAUAUAUAACUGUACAAAUCUAAUGGAUUAAGCGUGUAAAUAUUCAUGACAAGCAUUACUUUUAAUUAGUGAAUUUCUCCAGAACAAAUCGUACUCAAAGCCACUACCUAUUGUAUAAUUCUUGUAUAUUGUAUGACGAUCUAGCAUUUAUUUAUGUUUAGUCUUAAGCACGAACCUCUACAGUCGCUCAACUGCAGCUGGAUAUAAUUUAAACCCGUUUAAUAUAUAGCCUUAGUUGCUAGUAACUACUUCCUAAGCCAAGACAACAUGAUUGUAAGA